ACCCGGAGGGGAUGGGGGUGGAGGAGAAUGGGGACGGGAAAUAGGUUCUGUGUGCUCUCCCGGGGUAUUGUGUCAGGAGAUGCAGCCUGGCUACCAUGUGACGCGGUCCAGAGCUGAAGGGAUUGGCCGAGGCAGCGCAGGCGGUGCAGCUCGGCCGGCUUGCUGUUCUCUCCCUUUCUCUCGCAGCAUCUUCCUGGGAGCCUGUAGGUGAAGCAGCACCAGCAGCAUCCAUGGCCUAUCUUUGGGGUUAACACUUGUCUCCUUUGGCUUCAGCAGCGGACAGAGAAGAUCUCUGGGCGGCAGCAGCGUUGUGAACACUUGGCUGGGACACGGAAUCGUAUCCUCCUGUGUUUUUUCAGACUCUUUGGAAAUUAAGGAAUGCAAUUCUGCCACCAUGAUGGAAGGAUUGAAAAAACGUACAAGGAAGGCCUUUGGAAUACGGAAGAAAGAAAAGGACACUGAUUCUACAGGUUCACCCGAUAGAGAUGGAAUUCAGGGGAAAAAAAAGACCCAGAAGACUCAGCUUCUCCUCACCUCUUGCUUCUGGCUCAGAGCCCUCUCGUUAACUCUGUCCCAGCAGCCCAGCCCACAUGAACCACCCUACAAUAACAAAGCAGAGUGCGCGCGUGAAGGAGGAAAAAAAGUUUCGAAGAAAAGCAAUGGGGCACCAAAUGGAUUUUAUGCGGAAAUUGAUUGGGAAAGAUAUAACUCACCUGAGCUGGAUGAAGAAGGCUACAGCAUCAGACCUGAGGAACCCGGCUCUACCAAAGGAAAGCACUUUUAUUCCUCAAGCGAGUCGGAAGAGGAAGAAGAAUCGCACAAGAAGUUUAAUAUCAAGAUUAAGCCAUUGCAAUCUAAAGACAUUCUUAAGAACGCUGCAACUGUAGAUGAACUGAAGGCCUCAAUAGGCAACAUUGCACUUUCUCCAUCACCGGUGAGGAAAAGUCCGAGGCGCAGCCCGGGUGCAAUUAAAAGGAACUUAUCCAGUGAAGAAGUGGCGAGACCUAGGCGUUCCACUCCAACUCCAGAACUCAUAAGCAAGAAACCUCCAGAUGACACGAUGGCGCUCGCUCCCCUCUUUGGCCCACCAUUAGAAUCAGCUUUUGAUGAACAGAAGACAGAAGUUCUUUUAGAUCAGCCUGAGAUAUGGGGUCCAGGCCAACCAAUUAAUCCCAGCACGGAGUCGCCAAAGUUAACAAGGCCCUUUCCCACUGGAACACCUCCACCACUGCCUCCAAAAAACGUACCAGCCACCCCACCCCGAACAGGCUCCCCUUUAACCACUGGACCAGGAAAUGACCAGUCAGCCACAGAGGUCAAAAUUGAAAAACUACCAUCAAUCAAUGACUUGGACAGCAUUUUUGGCCCAGUGUUGUCCCCCAAGUCUGUUGCUGUUAACGCUGAAGAUAAGUGGGUCCAAUUUUCUGACACAUCCCCGGAACGUGUUACUCCAGAGUUGACUCCAAGGGAAAAGGUGGCGUCCCCACCAGCUGCAUCAGACAACCCAGCCGACUCCCCAGCUCCCGGCCCCCCGGCUCCCCCUGGCCCGCCAGGCCCCCCAGGACCUCCGGGUCCGCCUCGCAAUGUACCAUCGCCGCUCAAUUUAGAAGAGGUCCAGAAGAAAGUGGCCGAGCAGACCUUCAUUAAAGAUGAUUACUUAGAAACAAUCUCCUCUCCGAAAGAUUUUGGGUUGGGACAGAGAGCAACGCCGCCUCCCCCACCCCCACCCACCUACAGGACUGUGGUUUCGUCGCCCGGACCCGGCUCGGGCAGUGGUACGGGGACCACCAGUGGUGCAUCGUCCCCUGCUCGGCCAGCCACCCCCUUGGUUCCUUGCAGCAGCACCACCCCACCUCCUCCACCUCCCCGGCCUCCAUCUCGGCCAAAGCUACCUCCAGGGAAGCCUGGAGUUGGAGAUGUGCCCCGACCUUUCAGCCCUCCCAUCCAUUCUUCCAGCCCUCCUCCGAUAGCACCACUAGCCCGGGCUGAAAGCACUUCUUCAAUAUCAUCCACCAAUUCCUUGAGUGCAGCCACCACUCCCACAGUUGUGUCAGAAGAUGAUGUUUUUUAUGACAAACUGCCCUCGUUUGAAAGGCGCUGUGAAACGCCUGCAGGUUCUUCCAGGGGACCCAGCCCCCUAACCAUGGGAGCCCAGGACACCCUCCCUGUUGCAGCAGCAUUUACAGAAACGGUCAAUGCCUACUUCAAAGGAGCAGAUCCAAGCAAAUGUAUCGUGAAGAUUACUGGAGAAAUGGUGUUGUCCUUUCCUGCCGGCAUCACCAGACACUUUGCCAACAACCCAUCACCAGCUGCUCUGACUUUCCGGGUGAUAAAUUUCAGCAGGUUAGAACACGUCCUGCCAAAUCCCCAACUUCUCUGCUGUGAUAAUACCCAAAAUGAAGCCAAUACCAAGGAGUUCUGGGUAAACAUGCCAAAUUUGAUGACUCACCUCAAGAAAGUAUCAGAACAAAAACCCCAGGCUACAUAUUAUAAUGUGGACAUGCUCAAAUAUCAGGUGUCGGCCCAGGGCAUUCAGUCCACGCCUCUGAACCUGGCAGUGAACUGGCGGUGUGAGCCGGCAAGCACCGACCUGCGCAUAGAUUACAAGUACAACACAGACGCAAUGACCACGGCUGUGGCCCUCAACAACGUGCAGUUCCUGGUUCCUGUAGACGGAGGGGUGACCAAGCUCCAGGCGGUGCUCCCACCAGCAGUCUGGAAUGCUGAACAACAAAGAAUAUUGUGGAAGAUUCCCGAUAUUUCUCAGAAGUCAGAAAAUGGAGGGGUGGGUUCUUUAUUGGCAAGAUUUCAGUUAUCUGAAGGCCCAAGCAAACCUUCCCCAUUGGUUGUGCAGUUUACAAGUGAAGGAAGCACCCUUUCUGGCUGUGACAUUGAACUUGUUGGAGCAGGGUAUAGAUUUUCACUCAUCAAGAAAAGAUUUGCUGCAGGAAAAUACUUGGCAGAUAACUAAUAAAUCUUAUGCAAGGAUUUGGAGGAUUCCGAUAAUGGAGAACUGUUGUAUGAGAAACAGGUUUUAAUUUUGGUUUGGUGAAAACAAACCAAAAUCUGCACUUGGGAUAUAUCUGCUAGAAAUGUCAUUGACUUUCAGCACAGAUUUCCCUCACACAAUACCUUGACGACCAGUCCUACAGUAUUUACUUCUAGGUGUAAUAUUGUUAAUGGUUUUAAAAUGUAAUUAUUGUAUUUGUAAAUUGUACUCAUUCCAGUAAGGCAGUUAGAUACUUUGAGUUUUAGCAUUUUACCAUUCCUGAAAUGGAUGUAAUUUAAACUGUGGUAUGUAAAUUUAAUAGUAGUCCUGUUGAAUGGCACAAUGCUUACAGAGGUAGAUUGCAUUUUGUCAAUAUAUAAAAUUUAAAUAUAAUAUUGAUCGCUGUCAUAACGGGGGUGCCACGCACAAAGAGAAUUAAGUGGAACCAGGAAAAAAAAAAAGUCCUUUUCUUCAGUCCUUAGUAUGUUUUACUCUAGUGCUAAAUACAAAUUCUAUCUUCACAUGUUUAGUGGGUUAAAUUCAGAAACUAUUUCAGACAAAAAAAAAAAAAUGCUAAGGUUGCAGCAUAUUCAAAGAAAAGCAUUAAUUACCACUUUUUAAAAAGCUUUUUUUUCAAACCGCAAAUUUCAUAAAAAUGCAAACUGUGUAAACAAGGCCUCUUAUUUUUAUAACUUGUGUAAAAAGGGAAAGCAAUUCAUAUUUAAAGUUUAAGUAUAUGAAAUUAUAAACAAGAGGAAAGAAGACAUUGAAGUCUUAACUACUUCCCCAUCUCUCCACAGUCUAGCCAAGGUGGGAGAUUACUGAAUGAUCAGACCAAAACCAAAACUGUGAUUUUAAAAUUUCAAGAAUUUCCAUAGUUGAGCCGGUUAACAACUUCUGCACUACAACUCUAAACAGAGGCUGUCCCAUCCAGCCUGGAGAAUGGUACUAAGUAUCUUUCUCGUUACCCAAAGGAAUCAAAACAUUGAGUCUAAAAAUCCCAGAAAAAAUGAUUUUUAGUCCCCUAUUUAAAUCCAGAUGGAGAAUUUUAAUUGUCAUUAUUUAUAUCAUUUGAGAACGAAAAAAAAAACAAGCUUUAUAAAUGAAAUUCUAACCAUAUUAUUGUGCAAUAAAUUUCCUUUUGGAUGAGAUUCAUUGUAUGUAACUAUAAAUCUUUGCCAUUCUUGGGGAGUCAAAAAGAGAGUUAUUAAAAAUGUAUGUUAUGAUUUCAUUGUUGCAAGGUAUAAUAAAAACGGUAAUUACUCAGUCUGGCCUCAUAAUAUGAAAAUUCAGAAUGAUGAAGCAUUUCUUCAGGGGUCCCAGUUGUAAAACCUUCUUCCAUUCCAAUCUGAACAUGUGAUUCAUCUUUUAAUCAUCGAACCUAAACAGAAAAACUAAUUCUUAGUCUAGAUUAUACUAUUAAAUAACUGUAAUUAUUUAUUAUUAUAUUUAUCACUAGUUACUAAAUUUUAUUUUACAUUCACUCAUAUUCGACAAAGAAAAUUUAGCCCCUUUAAAUUUUAGAAUCAAAUUAAAUUUUCUAAGUCUUACUUUUAAAAUGAGAUCGUGACUGGCAAUUGUUCAUAGUGGAACUUUUAAAAUUAAUAUUUGUACUUCUCAAUCAGUGCUUGCUAUCAAGAGAAUGUUCAAAUGCCCGGUUUUACCUUAGAAGAAUUCUUACUCUUCAAACGAAUUCUCGAUUGGCUCCCCAAACAGUCUGGUAUUGAAGUUUUUUGAGCAAAUAACUAAUAGACUCAUUUUAAGUAAAGAUCAAUUUGAUUUUGAAACCAAAGUAGAAAAUGCAAACUUUUAAAUCCCAUGAAGCACGGGAAUAGUUCAAACACUGAAUCCAAUGAAGAGAUGGAGAGUAAGAAGCAGAAAAUUGAGAAUUAUCCAGCAUAUGAAUAUAAAAACAUGUUUUUAAGAAAUGGGUUCAUAAAAAACCAUAUUAAAUAUUAACACAAAUCACAUAUUAAAAGUGUGUAAAUAUUGGGAGUUCCCAUCGUGGCUCAGUGGUUAACGAAUCUGACUAGGAACCAUGAGGUUGCAGGUUCCAUCCCUGGCCUUGCUCAGUGGGUUAAGGAUCCGGUGUUGCCAAGAGCUGUGGUGUAGGUCGCAGACGCUGCAGGUCUGAUUAGACCCCUAGCCUGGGAACCUACAUAUGCUGCAGGAGCGGCCCUAGAAAAGGCAAAAAGACAAAAAAAUAAAUAAAAAUAAAAACGUGUAAAUAUUACUGGUGCUCAUGUCUUGCUUAUUAUAAUUUUAUUUUAUUUUAAAUAGUUCUAGGGCAAAUUAGUAAUUAAAUACAGUGUUUUUCUUUCCAAAGAAUAAUUUUGUUGAUAUUAUAAAAUAUAAUUCAAACGAUAAAUUGCAAUGAUCUCUAACAUUAUUCAAAUGUUUCUAGGAACUAAAUUUGAAACUAUGAAGAUAUCCUCUGAUUCCAUAAUUGGUCUUUAUGAAACAGAAUGGAAGUUGGUGAUUUCGAAGUUAUUAAUUUUUAUAAUAAUUAUUAUUAUUGAAUAACCAGAAAAAUCUCAGUAGAUAUUAUAUACCCUGUCUUCUUUCAGAAAAUAGGUCAAAUAAUAACACAAUAAACUCACAUCAGGUAUUUAGGUUUUAGUGGGGUUUUUUUUAAUCUUGUAGUUUAUAAUAUCCUGUUACUCCUAUAUCCACAGUACUGUAUGAUAAGAAUUCGUGUUAGGAAAAAUGAUCCUAGACAAUACAAUUCUAAAAGAAACAUUAAGACAGAUUCAUUUUGAAUUCCUAAAACAAAACAAAAUUGACUAGUAGAUAUUAAGAUUUUCAAUACCAGGGUUAAAAUAUAAACAAAGGAUUCCCAUUAAUCAGAACACCAUUUCCCUAGACUUCUGAUUUUAAAAGAUUCUACUCUAACAAGAUGGAAAGUAUGAAUGAUACUGCUUUAUUUUGGCAACAUGGAAAAUGUUUUUUCAAAUAAAUUCAUUUUUGUGUUUUUUAAAAAUAAAUUACUUGUUAUGAAUUAGUCUGAAUUUUAUCAUAAUUGGAACAUUCAAUUCCAAAGAAUGAAAUUUGUUAUUAUUUUUAAAGCUCCAUUCUUCCUUACACCUAUAGCCAAAAUGAAAAUUUACUGUAUGGUAUGUGGGAAUACAUUUCACCUGUAAAGAAAGAAUGUCCACAUUUCAAAUAGUUUUGAGGGAAUUGAGAGGAACCCUCCCCCUAGAAAGUCAAACUACAAUUGUUUUAUUUUUGUUUUAUGUAUUUUUACUCAAUCUCAAUCUACAAAGUGUUUGAGGCCAUAAUUCCUUAUGUUUCCAUUUGCAAAGAAUCGUAGUAACUGCAUUAGCUCUACCACUGAUUCCUGCUCUGUGACCUGGGACAAAUCAUAGCCCUUUUCAGGUUCUCAUCUUUAUUAUUAUUUUUUUAGGUUGUACAUUAUUUUUUCUAUUGUACAAAAAACUCAAGAUAAUAUUUUAUUUAACUGGUACUUCCAUUUACAUUUUUUAUUGUAGUUGAUUUACAGUGUUCUGCCAAUUUCUGCUGUACAGCAAAGUGACCCAUUUAUAAACAUCCUUUUUCUCACAUUAUGCUCCACUCUGAUCCAUGACGAUUGAUUGGAUAUAGUUCCCUGUGCCAUACAGCAUGAUCCCAUUGCCUAUCCACUCCAAACGCAAGCAUAAUAACACAUCAGUGAUCUAUAAAGCUUCUCCCACCUCAGAAGUUUCCAUCAUUCUACCCGACUCAGAAAGAUCCAACCUCGGAGGCUUUACAAAGAAGCUUGUACAAUCAGUAGUUGAUAUACAAUAAGAAUUGAUAUUCACUUGAGUGCUUACCGUGGGCCAGUCGCUGUAGCUAUUAACUCAUUUAAUCUUUAUAUCAACCCCCAAAUUGUAGAUAUUCUUUUUAAUUCCUGUUUUACAAAUGGUGACAUUGAGGCUUAGAUGGAUUAAUUAAUUUGCUCAAAGUAUAGGGCAGCUAGAAGUAACCCCAUUGUCUUGAUGGCAGUGGAAGCCCUUGACCUGUUUUAUAUGUUCAUUCUGCGGAAUGAACUCUUCUGUUUCAUUUUAUUACACAUAUUCCAUUGAACAUCCAGUUAAAAGGUGCUAUGAAAAAUUAAUAUCAAAAGAAGGAUAGUUCCAAAAGCAAAAUUGUUGGAAAAGGGUAUGUUUCUCAGAGCAUGAUUUGUGGACUACUUGUAGUAUCAUUUAUUUAACACAGGCAAUGAAUUUGGUUUAGUCACCACUACAUUCCCAGAGCCUAGAAGAGAGUUAGACAUCAAUAAAUUCAUACUGAAUGAAUAAAUCUGUAGGGAUGGGGUUUAGGAAUAUGUAUUUUAACAAGCACCCGAAAUUUGAGACUCACUGCCCUAGUAGAUCUCUCAAAUACUUUCUAGGUCUGACAUUUUAUCAGAUUUUUGACAUUAAAUUAUCCCUUGAAUACCAUUUUUCUAGUAAGCUUAUUUUUUCAUUCAGUCUCUUUAGCUUCCUCUAAUCUUAAAGAGGGGGGACUCAUUAGGGGGUGAUUUCUCUAGGAAAUUCCCUCUUUUCCUUAGAGUUCUGCUAUGCUAUUUCAGUCUCAAAGUGGACUGAAAUGCAUUCUCUCAUUUUCACAGUUCUGUCCUUUUCAUCAAUGUCUUAAAAGAUUAAAAGAAGUAAGGCAGUUGUAAGCUGUCAUUCCUUCCAAAUACAACGUCCUAAAAAAUGGCUCCUUCCUUGCAAGGAACACAGACAUCUACCUUGUGGGUUUAGACUGUUUAUUUUGCAGGCUUUUGAACUGAACGCUUCAGAAGCCUGGACUAGUAUCAUUUCAAAAGGGUUGCACCAAUCGUUUUCAUCUGUGCAUUUUUUUCUCAAAAAAACAGUCUGUCAGUUAAAGUUGAAUGACAGAGUGAAAUGUGCAGAUAUCUAUUACAGAGAUAUAUUUCUGGUUUGUUCACUUGUUCAUUUGCUUAAACUUUCUUUUUCCCAAAAGAUUAUGCAUUGAAGCAUAUACCAUUCAAUCUAAAUGUAUUCGUUUUGCUACAUGGUUUUCUGAUCAAGCAGGUUUUUUUUAAAUGGAAGCAUAAUUUUUAUGAUAUCAAAAUGGAGGUGAUCUCUUAACAUUGCUGUAAAAGUUAAUCUGUCAGCAUGUUUCCUUAAAAUGAGUCAAAUUAAAUUGUUGAUAUGAUUGAACAAAUCAGUCCUUAUACUAGUUAAAGAGGCUUUUCUGAUGACCCACCCCACCCCCUUUACUGCGUGAACUUCUCUCUGGUUUUUAUUGUAUUUUCCUGAUCCUUCCAUUUUUUCUUUGGCAAGCAGUAUUUAAAUACCAUUUGCUCAUUCAUGAAUCAAAUAUGGCUGCCAUCGCAUCACCUUUUGUCCAUAGAAUGUACAGAGGGAACAUGAGAUAGGAGUGCAAUGUUUAAGUCUCCAAAUAUUAAAAACAAACAACAAACCCACUAGCAUUUCUCUUGCUUUGAUGUUCUGGCAUCUUCUUUAGGCCAGAGCUGCAUUUGUAAUACCUAACUGAAUCCAAAUGUCCUUGAAAGAAUGUCAAAUUUGAGAGUCUAUUGAGUUGACCAGCGCCAGACCUCUCGAUUAUCCCUCAGGUUUAAUAUCUGAUUUCUACCCAAAAUGAGUAUUUCUAGGAGAGAAAGUCACAUCCUUGUUCACAUUCACCAUGGGUGUGAUCAGUUCUUCUCCAAAUUCCAUUUUUCCUUUGAUUUAUUGCUAAUUGUCUCCUUCUAUCCCUAGGGUAGCACGUUGCCUGUUUUAAAUACAUCUUUAACCUUAUAAGAAAAGAUGUUUUGGAAGUUCUCUGUGGCACAGCAGGUUAAGGAUCUGGUGUUGCUGAAGUUGUAACUGAGGCUCGGGUUUGAUCCCUGACCCAGGAAGUUCCACCUGCUUUGAGUGUGGCCAAAAAAAAAAACACAAAACAAAAGAUGUUCCAAUGAAAAGCAAAUAUAUGUUUAUGUGUCCCUUAAUUGGUGAAUGAAAAUAAGUAAAGGAUACUUCUACUGCAUUCACCUGUAUUCCAGUCUUUUCCAAGUCAUGUUCAGGACCACUGGUUCUGGGAAAUAUUCACUGCGAUCUGAGACCAAAUGAUCCUACCCAUGCUCCCCACUUCUUGGGCAUUGACAAUAAAUGUUAGCAUUUUAAUGAAACUGAAGAAGCUUUUGGAUCAGGAAAACAUUUUUUUUCUAAACACACCUCGAAGAAACUUAAGAAAAGUUUUCUUUUAACACAGUUUACAUAGCUUUCAGCGACUUCAGACAAUAUAACCAGGAAUGCUUUGGAAAGAUGCUUCUGGGUUUUUGUUUGAACUCUAAGAGGAAUAUCUGCCACUUUAAAUAAACUAGUAUCUACUUUAAAUGUCAUUAGUAUAUCUUAAUGAAUUUAACUUAAUCACCUAAAAUAUUCAAAACAAAACAAUGACAUUGUUUUAAUAUUUUAAUAUUUAUUUUUAAGAUCUGCACCUAUGACCAGCACAUCAGGCUGCUAUCUGUGGCAGAUGGUCGAAAUUCUUUGCAGAAUGGAAUUAAUACUAGUGAACAAUCUUUAUAAUACUUUGAACAUUUUAAGAAAUUGAAUCAUGAUAGACUGAUGCUGACACUUUUUUUACAUAAUCUUGUUAGAAAGUACACUUUAAAAUUCAGUUAAAUCUGAGAGAAACGCACUGUUUGGAUUAGAUUUUGAAGGUUUUACUCUAUUAAUGAGCAUCAGAUAGUUCUUUUUUGCUUUGCUUUAUUUUGCAAAUCAAUCUUUUUAUAAAAAACAAAUAAAUCAGCAAAGUUUUUGUAAAAAUUCCUGGGUAGGAGUUCCUGUUGUGGCUUAGUGGUAACAAACCCAACUAGUAUCCAUGAGGACACAGGUUCAAUCCCUGGCCCUACUCGAUGGGUUAAGGAUCUGGCAUUGCCGUGAGCUGUGGUGCAGGUUGCAGACACGGCACAGAUCCCCUGUUGCUUAUGGCUGUGGUGUAGGUCGGCAGCUGUAGCUCCAAUUCGACCCCUAGCCUGAGAAUUUCCAUGUGCCAUGGGUGGGGCCCUAAAAAGAAAAACAUAAAUAAAUAAAUAAAUAAAUAUUCCUGGGUAAACUGUCUGUUAUCAGAUAGAAAAGAAUAAAGCUGAAUCACUGUACAUUUCCCUAAAUAUAGUUCAAUUUUUAGUUCAUUCAUAGUUUGUGAAUCAGUUGAUGGAUAACAAGCCAUUUAUCAUUUUAGAUUAUUCCAUUGAAUGAGUACAGCCUGCAAACAUUAACUCCAUGUCACUUAUUCAGUAUUAUUCCAUUGGCAUUUUCUUUUCUUUUUUGGCAAAACAAAUUUUUAAUGUUAUUCACACAUCGUUACCCUAAAAAAAUUUUUUUCUUUUUAGGGCCACACUUGUAGCAUAUGGAAGUUCCCAGACUAGGGGUUGAAUCAAAACUGCAGCUGCCAGCCUACACCGUGGAAAUGCAGGAGCUGAGCCACGUCUGAGACCCACACCACAGCUCACUCCAACACUGGAUCCUUAACCCAAUGAGUGAGGCCAGAGAUUGAACCCACCUCCUCAUGGAUACUAGUUGGGCUCAUAACCCGCUGAGCCACAAUGAGAACUCCUAAGAUAUUGUAAAUAACACACCUAACGACUACCACUAGGAUUAUCUUCCCAAAGUCCAAAGUUGUUUCUUUUCCUUAUGAGAUGCUAGGAUGAUCAAUUUGAUAGCUGUGAUUUUUCAGGUCAGUAUUUAGUUCUUGCUUUGUUAAAUGGAUAUGCAUGAGAGGGACUGACUCCCGUUUGAUCUCUUUCUCUGUGGAAACAUUGCCACCGAAUAAUUAAGUGUUCUUUAAAAAGUCAAGUGUUGGUAUGAUGAUAUGUUAAUCUAUGAGCAGGGCUUAUGACAGGCCAAGCAGUCAUUUAUAGAAUUGGCUUUUUAAACUGUAAGAAUAGCGUUGGGUUUCAAUAUUCAAAAAAAAUUUUUUUUCACUUUGUAUAGGGAAAGAUCUGUAUGAAAGAGACGAUCAAAAUUUAAUCUUCAUCCCUCCUAAGUGGCAGUGUAAGGCAUUGUGGGUUUCAGUUUUUGUUUUUUUGUUUUUUGGGGUUUUUUUGCACUUUAACAAGGAGAGAAACUAGGAAAAGAAGUUCAGAGAAAUUUUGCUGUGUUUCUAAAGGUAAUAAAAUUCAGCCAAUUGUCUUUCUUUAGGAAAAUGCUAUUAAUGUAUACUUUGAGUUGGUAGCACCUUUUAUUUAGAGUUGUCCAUGAUCUUUGUAGCAAAAAAGAAACAAUGUCUUUUUGACCUGGGGUGGAGUACAUAUUUUCACAAAAUAUAUUGAGCAUUAAAUAUUUAUAAAAAGAAUUGUGGACGAAAAUACUCGAGUACACUUUUAAAAAUUAGUUAAAAUGUUGAUGGCUGGCUCUUUUUCCUACAUGUGUAAUUCAACAGAGAAUCCUUUAUUCUCAUAGCCAUUAUUGCUUUGUCUGUGAUGAAAUCUUUACUGCUUCUGUGCUGUGCUCAAGAAAAAACCAGCAAAAGAAGCAAGGGCCUGUUCCUUCACAGAACUGCCCAAAGCUCUCUGUUGAGCAAUGGUGAGAUGAAUGUGUAAUAUUGAUUCAGUAAAGAAAAUCAUGAGAACAUUUUAAUGUUACUUGCCUUAUAGGUUAGAAAAGGUGUAUAUAUCUUUUUUUGGUAAAUAAUGAUUUUUUUACAAAUGUUUUUUUCCUUCAUAAUUUUCCCAAUCACCCAUUUCACAAAAUCCUGAAUAUGCAAUUAUUUACCGUGGCACAUUACUGCAACUAGGGUUCCCAUUUCUGGACAAAGUUUAAUUAUAUGUGAGAACAAGAUGAAAUAUCUAAGUUGUUAUUUAAAUGUGAUUUUUUUUUCCUGGAAAAUAAAUGAAAAACAUAAAAAUGAA